CGACCGAUCUACCAUUUCACACCCGGGAAGACUCAGAGAAACAGUUCUUGCUUCAACAGUGUUUGAACGGAACUUUUCCUUCAUCUCGCUCAGAAUUCACACUUAAAUCCAUUCCGGACACAAAGGAUAGACCCCUUCUUUUGCACUACUGAAAAAAGUCAUCGUAAGCUUUAUUUUUGUACCGUUUUGUUAAGAAAAACCGCGAAGAAACGUCAGCUGAGAUGGACUCCCAGGUGAGACAGAACUACCACCGCGACUGCGAAGCGGCCGUGAACCGCAUGGUGAACAUGGAGCUGUUCGCCUCCUACAACUACACUUCCAUGGCCUAUUACUUCUCCCGUGACGACGUGGCCCUCCCCGGCUUCGCUCACUUCUUCAAGGAGAACAGCGAGGAGGAGCGAGAGCACGCAGACAAGCUGAUGGCCUUCCAGAACAACCGCGGAGGACGCAUCUUCCUGCAGGAUGUCAAGAAACCAGAGCGUGAUGAGUGGGGCUCUGGUCUAGAGGCCAUGCAGUGCGCUCUGCAGCUGGAGAAAAACGUGAACCAGGCUCUGCUGGAUCUGCACAAACUGGCCUCUGAUCACACCGACCCUCAUCUGUGUGACUUCCUGGAGACCCACUACCUGAACGAGCAGGUGGAGGCCAUUAAGAAGCUGGGAGACUUCAUCGCCAACCUGAGCCGCAUGGACGCCAACACCAACAAGAUGGCAGAGUACCUGUUCGACAAGCACACCCUGGGGGGGAAGAGCUAAACGCACCUGAGACUGGAGACUCCACCGUAAAGCUCCAGCUGAUCGUCACUGUCUGAUCUGAUGAAACAUGAUCUUUGACUACAUUACCCAUAAGCCCCCUCUUCUGUGACACUCUUACUGUGGCAGUUUCUGAUCUGAUGACCUGAAUAAACAUUUUGAGCUGGA